AUGGAGUCUAUGAGGAAACGUAUGAAAAUGGAACUGGUGUCCAGUGAUCAACGCUUACUACUGAUAAACCGAACAACAUUCAAACAUUGUACAACAUACAAUGAAAAUCUGAAUUCAGUCUCAUUAGAAAAUAAAAUCAUUGAUUUUUGUAAACCGAUAUAUAUAGGUUUCGCAGUUCUAGAUAUAAGUAAAACACUGAUGUACGACUAUCACUAUAACGUAAUGCAGAAACAUUAUGGUGACAAAAUCGAGCUCAUAUAUACAGAUACAGAUUCUUUAGUAUAUUAUAUCCAGACUGACGACUUUUACAAUGGCCUGGUGAAUAAUUCUAACUUGCUUGAUCGAAUGGACACUGCAAAUCUACCCAGGGACCACCCGUGUUACAUUGCUGAGAGAAAGAAGAUUCCCGGACUAUUUUCUGAUGAAACCGAUGGACGUAUUAUGAAGGAGUUUAUAGCACUUCGAGAAAAAUUCUAUGCUUACAUUUUAGAAGACAAGGAGAAAAUUAAGGCAAAAGGAAUCCAUGAUCAUGUUGUUAAAAAUCAUAUGACUUUCAAAGAUCACAAGCUGUGUUUGUUUGGUGAUACUAGUUUGGAGGUGAAGACUGUGAAUGUCUCUAUUCGCUCUUUCAAGCACAAAUUAUAA